CUGGAGCGCAGCGGGCUGAGCGCGCCAGGAUCCGCGGUGUGAGCCGGUCGGCGGAGUUUCGUGCGCCCAGCAGGAACAGGCUCCAGACUGUUUGAAAAGCCUGCUGGGACAUGUCAUCGUUGCUGGAUGCCUGGUGCUCGAUAGAAACUUGGCAGGUCGGUAGCUCCUCUGAACAAGUGCGGGAUGUCGCCAGGAAUCAGAGCCCCGACGAAUUCAGACGUCCUGUGAUUCUAAAUGCAUUGUCCUGUCCAGUGAUAUCUUGUCCCACUGAUAAACUGGCAACUCAUCGGGCCACAACAGAGGGAAACUGGAGGAAAUACCAUUGGCAUCCAAGGCCUACAAUAUUGCCCCAUCUCAAAGGGAAGUCUCUGACUGUUAUUUGAAAUGCUGAGAAACUUGUUUCAGAGGAGACUUUUUUCUUAUCCCGCAAAAUACUAUUUUGUGGGUCUUGUCCUCUCUCUAAUUACCUUCUCUGUUUUAAGAAUUCAUCAGAAGCCUGAAUUUGUUAGUAUCAGACACUUGGAGCUUGCUGGAGAUAAUGCUGAUAGCAACAUUAAUUGCACCAAAGUUUUACAGAAUGACCCAGAAGAAAUCCAGAAGGUGAAGCUGGAGUUACUAACAGUGAAAUUUAGGAAGCGCCCGCGGUGGACACCGUAUGACUAUAUAAACAUGACCCGUGACUGCGCCUCUUUCAUCAGGACGCGCGGAUACAUUGUAGAGCCCCUUAGUAAAGAAGAGGUCGGCUUUCCAAUUGCUUAUUCCAUAGUGGUUCAUCACAAGAUUGAAAUGCUUGACAGGCUCCUGAGGGCCAUCUAUAUGCCUCAGAAUUUCUACUGCAUUCACGUGGACAAAAAAGCAGAGGAAUCCUUCUUAGCAGCAGUGAUGGGCAUUGCAUCCUGCUUUGGUAAUGUCUUUGUGGCCAGCCAGUUGGAGAAUGUUGUUUAUGCAUCCUGGAGUCGGGUUCAGGCUGACCUCAAUUGUAUGAAGGACCUGUACAGAAUGAGUGCAAACUGGAAGUACUUGAUCAAUCUUUGUGGUAUGGAUUUCCCUAUUAAAACCAACCUAGAAAUUGUCAGGAAGCUCAAGUCAUUCUCGGGUGAAAACAGCCUGGAAACUGAGAAGAUGCCUCAGAACAAGGAAGAAAGGUGGAAAAAAAAAUACGUUGUUGUUGACGGGAAGCUGUCAAACACUGGGGUAGCUAAAGCCCCACCUCCACUCAAAACUCCUCUCUUUUCAGGCAGUGCCUACUUCGUAGUCAGUAGGGAAUAUGUAGGUUAUGUGCUAGAAAGUGAAAAUAUCCGAAAGUUCAUGGAGUGGGCACAGGAUACAUACAGCCCGGAUGAGUACCUCUGGGCCAGUAUCCAGAGGAUCCCUGAAGUCCCCGGUUCUCUCCCCUCGAGCCAUAAGUAUGACUUGUCUGACAUGAAUGCCGUCGCUCGGUUUGUCAAGUGGCAGUACUUUGAAGGUGAUGUUUCCAAAGGCGCUCCUUACCCGCCGUGCAGCGGAGUCCAUGUGCGCUCUGUGUGUGUUUUCGGAGUUGGCGACCUGAGCUGGCUGCUUCACCAACACCACCUUUUCGCCAAUAAGUUUGACAUGGAUGUUGACACCUUUGCCAUCCAGUGUUUGGAUGAGCAUCUGAGGCAUAAAGCCUUCGAGGCCUUAGAACACUAACUGCUGUCGGGAAUCCUGGGGAAAAUAAUGAUGCACAAAAGUGUUACCCUCAUCUGUUU